UUUUCGGUUGGUUAUAGUUAGUUGGAGGCUGGGCGGUGCCGAAGAUUGGGUAGAGAGGGGGUUGGGGGGGGGGGGUGGGAAAGUGGAGGCGCGAUGGAUCAUCUGGACAUUCCAGUGAUGAUCGAUCACGAGCGGUACGAGCUUGUGAAGGACAUUGGCUCGGGUAAUUUUGGUGUUGCUAGGCUUAUGCGCGACAAAAAGACUCGGGAGCUUGUUGCGGUGAAAUACAUCGAGCGUGGGGAGAAGAUUGAUGAGAAUGUCCAGCGGGAGAUCAUCAACCACCGGUCGCUGCGUCAUCCCAAUAUUGUGCGCUUUAAGGAGGUCAUGUUGACCCCGACCCAUUUGGCCAUUGUGAUGGAAUAUGCGGCGGGUGGAGAGCUGUUUGAGCGAAUUUGUAAUGCUGGUCGGUUCAGCGAAGAUGAGGCCAGAUUCUUCUUCCAGCAGCUUAUAUCGGGAGUGAGCUACUGCCACGUUAUGCAAAUCUGCCAUCGGGAUUUGAAGUUGGAAAAUACUCUGCUGGACGGAAGCGCCGCUCCUAGGCUGAAAAUCUGUGAUUUUGGAUAUUCGAAGUCCUCUUUGUUGCACUCCCAACCUAAGUCGACCGUGGGAACCCCCGCUUACAUUGCUCCAGAGGUCUUGUCGAAGAAAGAGUACGAUGGCAAGAUUGCCGAUGUUUGGUCGUGCGGUGUGACUUUGUACGUGAUGUUGGUCGGAGCGUAUCCCUUUGAGGAUCCCGAAGAUCCAAGGAAUUUCAGAAAAACUAUUGGGCGUAUCUUGAGCGUGCAGUACUCAAUCCCCGAUUAUGUGCACAUUUCUGUGGAGUGCAGACACUUGCUUUCCAGAAUAUUUGUGGCUAGCCCUGCCAAGAGAAUCAACAUUCAAGAAAUCAAAAACCACGAAUGGUUCUUGAAGAAUUUACCAGCAGAUCUGGUGGAUCUUGCUGACAGGAGUUACGAUUUGGAGGACCCCAACCAUCCCCCUCAGAGCAUUGAGGAGAUCAUGCGAAUCAUUGGCGAAGCUAGGGUGCUUGGAGCAGGUGCUCCAGGGAAUUUCUUUGGUGACCCUGUGGAUGAUAUGGACUUGGAGAACGACGGGGAUCCAGACGUGGAUAGCAGUGGAGAGUUUGUGUGCACAAUAUAAGUUCAGUCGUUAGCAGGAGGAAGUAGGUUUUCAUUCGGGAUCGAAUUAGAUACUAGGGUGCUAUUUGAUAGUGUACUGGUAGAUCGGAUGGUGUUUUUAGAUGGAGUGGAAUGCUCAUGCCUUCUUCACUUCAUUUCUGUGGAUAGUUUUACUACACCAACUCUUUUAGAUGAUAGGGAAGUGAAUCAGAAUACUAAACGAUGAUGACUACUACGUCCCUUCGGUCGACCUCUACAGUGAUGCAGUCUGUAAUGUACGUGCAUCUCCUUGAAGUUAACCGUAUCGAUUGAUGAAGAUGAAGUAACGUGCCGUCUCUCUGGAGUUCAUGGUUUUUACGAGCCUCCGGCUACAUUGUGGUGAUGGAGAAGUUCAUGCGUCUGCAAGGAAGGCCCAUUUGACCGUAUGCGGUUAAGAACACUAUAUUAGUAGCAUAGGGACUUGUGGAUUUUGGGCAACACCUGCGAUCUCUCUUUAUCCUGAAUCUUGAGGUAUAAGUCUUAGGUUGAGCCGGGUGUUUUUUUGAGUCAGUCACACAUAGUGUAACCAGUUGAACUGAGUUAACAUUAUGAUGCAACUCCAUUUUUAUUUUUAAUUAAUUAUUUAUUCACCCCCCUA